AUUCUUAUAGUUUGACAGUUUUCUUUGAGUUUGGGGAAUUGUGAAGCUUACCUUUGCUUUACCUGUCUGGUUUCUUUGCUUGCUUGCUUGCUGGCUUAAAUGGGUUUUGUGAUGCUUCACUCAAAAUAUUACGUGAAUCAAAAGUGUCUUUGUUUUUCUUUCUAUAAAAAAAAAAAUAGGAGAAGGGAAAUAAAGGAAUUAUUAAGGUUUUAGUAGAAAGUCAAUUUCUUGUUUGAGAAUUUUGUUAAAACUGAGACAGGAAUUAUGGGAAGGAAUCACAAGUUUGGGUGGGAAGAAAGGAAUUCACAUCAUUUGUCAGCUUUCAUGCAUUUCCUAAAGUGCUGGGAAAUUUGACCGAUCUGUUGAUCUGCUAACUACCCAAUACGCGCGACUGGGAGAUAGAGGAAAGGUUUAAGACAUGGGAUGCUUUUUGUCAACGCCGACGGACACUGGUGGAAAUAGGAGACGCCCAGCAAACAUUGGGGAUGUUUCUGUGUUUGUCCCUGGACUAAGGAUUCCUAAGCCAGUGGAUUUCUCUCUGACACUUGGUGACCACCUGUCAAAAAGUCUGGUAGAGCGCCUUUCUGCUCUCAGAACCCGAAUCGUUGUUAUGGCAGGGCAAGAGGCUCCAACAAUUACGCGAACAAGAAGGAAAACUGCCACUCAACAUGGAGGUUCAACACUAGGGGAUCUUCUGCAGGCUCUUGAGGAUUACUUGCCAGUUCUUCUGGGACUGGUUAAAGAUGGGAGCACUCUACAACAUAAAGUACAAUUUGAUUGGGUUAACCAAGAGGAUGAUGCAGAGGAAACUGCAAUGUUUAGUGCUUGGUAUGAAGUAUUGUCCGUUUUGCACUUGAUGGCAAUGCUUUCAUUAUCUCAAGCUAACUUGUUACUACUCCCUAGAACAUCUCUUGAUGGUUAUCAGCCAAAGGUAUCAGAAGAAAGCAGACGAUCUUCGGUUGAUAUUUUUCUCAAGGCAGCUGGAUACCUUGAUUGUGCUGUCAGACAUGUUCUCCCUCAGUUGCCCACUGAGCAAAGGAGAAAUUUACCAGUAGACCUUGCUGAAGGAGUGCUGCGAGCACUAUGCCUCCAAGCAUUAGGGCAGGCUGUUGAUAUUCAACUUGGACUUGCAAUCGACAGUACUAAGGCCACUCUAGCAGUGAAAAGAAGGCUUGCUUGUGAGAUGGUAAAAUACUGGCAGCAGGCCCAAGAUAACAUCAUGAAUCUUCCAUUAUCCAAUGGAUGGGGUGAAAAGCAUAGGCUUUUCGUGAAGUGGAAAUACAUUGAAGCUAAGGCUGCAGCAUACUAUUAUCAUGGCCUAAUCCUUGAUGAAGGAAAUACAGAAAAAUCUCAUGGAAUGGCUGUAGCUGCUUUGCAAGCAGCAGAUGAGUAUCUCAAAGAAAGUAAAAAGGCAUGUGAAGAUUUCAAUGCAGCUGUUCCCCUCUCCCGAAACCCACCUCUCUGGGGGACCAUGAAGUACCUCUCUGAGAAGAUUCCAAAGGACACUUCUAGCAAGGUGCGAAUCAACCGGGAUCUAUAUUCACAUGAAAAAAUUAUGGAGACUGCACCAACAUUGCCCGACUUUGCAUUAGCCCUUAAACCUGAUGAAUAUCAGCUUCCUCUUGUGGAUGCAUCUUGGAAUCGCGAAGCAACAAACAAGUGACAAAUAGGGAGGGAUCCAACAAAAAUUAAAGGGACGUUUUUGCAUAAUUCAGAUUCUGAACACAAGCGGCCAAACACUGUAAGCUGACCGACCAUUCUUGAUCUUGAUAUCCUGAACAACGCUGCUCUUGCUGUAUAAGAGAGGUCCAUACUCACUGUGCCCGCACUUAUUGUUCUCCCUUUCUGUUAAUUCCAUCUUUGAUCCCUUUUCAUGUCAGACUUUUCGUUUUGUCCUUUGUACGAACAAGUCGCGUUUGCUUGUAAUCUUGGAAUCAAGGAAAAGGAGAAAAGUGAUGUUGUAUAUCUUUGGCAGUGGACUGAAAGAUUUUCAUUUGGCUGUUACGUUGUCAUUUAAGGGGAGGAAGUACAAUUCUCCAAUUGUUUGAUAGGAAAGCUUUUUCUAUAUAAAUUCUCAAUUGUGUGUAAACUGUUAAAGACAAGAUUAUUAUACAAAUAAUAUAUAUCUAAAACAGUAUGCUUCUUGAUUGAUUUA